UGACUACUGUCAAGUUCAACGGAUUUAUCCAAUCUGAUUCUCCACCGCUCACCGACAGGGAAAAUGGCCGUUCCGAUUUCCCUGAAAUUUCCGACGGUUCCAUCCACUUUAACCAACAGAACCGCCUCCUUGUUCGUACCACUACUACGGCAGAGCUCCACUCAUCAUUCUCAUCCUCACUCACAACACACGAUCAGACUUCCAACGAUUAGAUCCAACAGAAACAUUAAGUUCUCCGCCGUCAAUGCCGUGCAGGAAAGCCAAGAGAAUACAGAAUCCGACGGGGUGGAGGUUCAAGCAGGGCCACCAACGGAGGAGCCGAAAACGGCCGACCAAUCAGCAGAAUCCGGCGCGAAUUUGGGCGCCGAAAUUCAGGAGGCUUUGAAGCAGCGAAAGGUGGAGAAAGAAGGGGACCUGAUCGGCGGAGUGGCGGAGGAGAUUAAAGAGAUUGAAUGGCCGGCGUUUCGAAAGGUUUUGGGCACGACGGGGGUAGUGAUCGGCGUUAUUGCUGGCUCUAGCGUCGUUCUGCUCACUGUGAAUGCCUUAUUGGCAGAGCUGUCUGAUCGAGUUUUCGCCGGAAAAGGAGUUCAGGAUUUCUUUAGUUGAAAGUUCGAUUUUUUUCCUUGAGAUGUAAACUUUGUAACUUAAAUCUAAUGGCAUCUAUGGAAGAAACUGGAUUGUAAUUUGCGUUAAGAAGGAAGAAUCCAUUGCAGCAUAAUCAAA